CUAUUACCUUCACGCUCCUGUGCGACAGGUCGAAGCUCUUGCAGUAUUCGUGUUUGGUCCAGUCGCUUGAGUCCUUCAGCUCGGGUCGGGCGCUCCGUUUCGCUUCUUUGAUCCGUUUCUUGCUUUUAUGGUUCAUUCUUCGCCGUUUCGACGCGUUUUGUCUUUUGCGCGACGCCUUUUAGCUUCGCGUGCUAUUGCUAACUGUGCUGUAGUGAAAGUCUAUGGAGUCUGGAGACGCUAGUCAGUCACUGGAGGCCUUUGUAGAUGUGUGUGCGGCUCUUUAGCCGCAGACUAGACUGUACGCGGUACCGGAAUUAAGUUGUAUUUAUUUCAGAAGACGGAGGUGGUUGCUAUACUGAAGGCUUGAUAAUAAACUAAAGUUAGAUAACCUGGCGGCAGCAAGCUUAUUUCACGCCUUAUGGCGCAAUCUAACUGUGUGUUGCUAGCGUCCCGCCCUUUUAGAGCUUCUAGGAAUAUGAUUGGCUGGCCGUUUUACUGUGUACUGUCGGUUUGAACGCCGAUUGGCUGUUCGGUGUACGAGUCACUGUCAUGUAAACUAAAAGCGAAUAGAUCAUCAAUAAAGAAGGAGACCGCCUAAAUCAACUAGUGUGAUUGGUUAAAUGACUGUAACGUCCGAAAUUGAUUUAUAUAGCUGAACUAUGACAACAGUAUUAAGUUAAAACGACGCAAUGAGUGAGUUAUCUCAAACGCUGAUAGUAAAAACAUUUACUUUUGAGGGAAGUGGAAACACUCGGUCAUUAACUGUGUCUGUUCCUGAGGUUCUUGAUCCUCAAUAUGGCAUGUACGUUUGGCCCAGUGCGGUGGUUCUUUCACAGUAUGUGUGGAUGGCGAGAGAAGAACUACAAAACAAGAUGGUUCUUGAGCUGGGUGCUGGUGUGAGUUUGCCCGGUGUUGUGUCUGCACUUUGCGGUGCUGCUGUGAUUCUGUCAGACAGCGCUGAACUGCCGCUCUGCCUGGAGAACUGCAGGCGCUCAUGUGUCCUCAACAACCUCUCUCAUGUACAUGUGCUGGGGCUCACCUGGGGACGGGCCUCACCUGAGCUUCUCUCGCUGCCUCCUCUGGACCUUAUCCUGGGCUCAGAUGUGUUUUAUGAGCCUGAAGAUUUUGAAGACGUGCUCGUGACCGUCAGCUUUAUUUUGAGGAGGAACCCUCAUGCUCAAUUCUGGACCACUUACCAGGAGAGAAGUGCUGAUUGGUCCAUAGAGGCCUUGUUGCACAAGUGGGAUCUGAAGUGCAUUAAUGUUCCACUGGAAACUUUUGAGGCAAACAAAACCCAUCUGGCUGGAUCAACACUGCCUGGAAAUCACACUGUACAGAUGAUGAUCAUUACAAACAACCGGAUUUAACGUGUGUGUAAAUACAUACACAUACAUGUUUCUUUAACGUUAUAUAUAAUGUAAAUACCUUUUUCCAGUUCUUUUUAACUUCAUCUCAUUAGUAUAAAUAAUUAGUAUUUUUUUUAUAUUGCAGUAUUUCGCAUUAAAUAAUUUUUCUAUUUCUAA